AUGGAUAACUCCUUCUUUCGCAACCUGGUCAACAAUACCCCGCGAGUAGAUCGCUCCUCUAAUUCCACAAAUGCAACCUCGACGUCUUCUGCCGCGCCGUUGCUCGGCUCUCGUCAACGUUCUUCCAUCCCGAUGACACCUCGAUCUGUCGGCGGCGCACCAUCAUUCGCACAACAAGCAGCAGCCUACCGUCUGCAGCAAAACCCACCGAAAGAAAAGAAAUUCAAAUCAUCUGUCCCAUUAGGUUCAAAACUUCCAGAGGGCUACGUGGAUCGUACACAAUUACGUGAUGACGAUGAUACGGCUACUACAGACGCGGAGCAGCGGAUGGCGGCUCUGAUGCAGCUGGUUGAGGAAGGGAGUUUAACGAGGGAGGAGGCUAUAGAGCAGAGUAGGGCUUUUGGGGGGGAUGCUAAGAGUACGCAUUUGGUCAAAGGGUUGGAUUUUAAGUUGUUAGAAAGGGCAAGGAAGGGAGAGGACGUGCUGGCUGGCAAGAAAGAUGAUGAGGAAGUUCAGGAUGAGGAGGAUAUUGAGGAUGAAUUGGAUCAGGCUCUGGAGAAGAAAGUCGAGAGUGUAAAGAGGCAAAGGAAAGAGGAGAAGGAUGACGAUGACGAUGAGCCGAAAAAGAAGACAAGAGCGGAGAUUUUAGCAGAAUGGAAGAAGAGUAGAGAAGAGGCUGCUGCGAAGAAAGUAGCAGAGAGCUCUCUAGGCUCUAAAUUCAAAAAAUUUGGGGAGAAAGAGAAGAAGAAGCCGAAGGCUAAAAAGGAGGAGAAACCUACAAAAGCUUCCAAAGACAGUACGUCUGGGAAGAAAAGGAAACGGGAUCAUGAGGAACCGUCGAAAGAGAAGGUUCUUGGAAAUGGCACAGUUCUGGGUAUGCUCCCUCCUGAUCUGCCCUCGACGAAAGCCGUCCCCGCAGAAAAACAGGACGAAGACGGGGAUGUAAACAUCUUCGACGAUGCACCUGACGAUUAUGACCCUCUGGCUGGCCUUGCGGACAGCGACGACGACUCGGGGUCCGAUGAAGGAGAAGUGGAAGACAAAACAACCAAGAAGAACGAGACACUGGAGGGUAUGCCACCUCCACCUCCACCGUCUACCCGCCCUCGAAAUUAUUUUGCCACAUCAUCCAAAGAUGCCGACGUGUCAACUCAAUCAAUAUCGUCGACACCGCUUAGCGGUCAAGACCUCACAAACACGAUGGAACUUUCAGCAGCGAUCAAGAAAGCUGCCCAAAUGAGAGAGCUUUCAAAGGCAGAUCUCGACGAUGAGGAAGCAAAGAAAGCGGCAAGACACAAAGCUAUGUUACAAGCUGCUAGCAGAGACGAUGAAGAUGUGGAUAUGGGCUUCGGCGGAAGUCGGACAUUCGGAGACGACGACGAUGAUGAUCUGGGAGUCACGAAAAAGAAGAAGAGGGGUAAAAAGAAUACAUAA